UGUGAAAGUCCCUAUGAACCCAAAAAGCUCUGCCAGAGGCAGAAAACAGGUUUUAUAUUCCAAUGGGUAAAAAUAGUAUUUCCCCCACAAUGCUCUAUUUUGAUAUCCUCAUCACAUUUAUUUCCUUCCCCACCCGCUUUUCACACAAUAAAGUUGGGGGAUCCUUUAAAUAAAUUGUUUUAAAAAAUCAUUUCCCAGUUACGGUCUGGGAAUGUUGCAAUAGUAAUAGCUCUGGGAGAAAAGAGGGGCGAGGUCUGGCAAGGAAAAGGUGUCAGUUCCUCUAUUGCAGAUGAGGAAAUACGAAGAUAGAUGGAAUGACACGCUCCACCCUUCAAUUCCCAAGAAACCCUGGGCUCCCUUGUCUCAUCCUGACUGGGCAGGGUAGAGAGCUGGAGCGCAGAUUUUGUUUGAGUUUCCAAAAGACUUCAGCUCACGGUGGCUUGAGAUACAGAAAGCUUAGAUUUCUUUCCACAGACUACAACACUGCACAGCACCUCCAGAACUCCUGGAUUUUGCAAACAAGCGAUCACCUCCUGGGAAUGCUACUCCUGCAAACAAUCUUCGCUUGGGCUCUCUGCCACUGGGUGUAUGGCGUAGAGAGAGCUCAUCAUUCAACAACAGCAUUUGCAGCAGAAUCCCAUGCCUUCGUUAUGACUCACCUGGCCUACUUCCCAAACAGCAGCUCAGUGGAAAUGGUCGGUAAUGCCACUCUGGAUGGAAAACUUACCCACAGCGUGGAGUAUCAAAAUGAGCAAAUGAAUGCAAGCCAGUUGCUCCAAUUGGAAUCUUUGGAUCUCUGGGAGCAGAGGAAGAGUGCACUGCAAUAUUUCCUCGAGCUUUUCAAGACAUUGGUCAACCUGUAUGCUCGCGAAAGGAAAAUACCAUACCCCCUACACAUUCAUUGUAUUCUGGCGUGCCAGAUCUUUGGCAAUGGCACCAACAAAACCUCCUAUGAGGUUUUAUUCAAUGGGACUGAUUUCCUGAGAUUCAAUGCAGCCAAUCAGAGCUGGGUACCUUUACAGGAAACGCCUGUGGCCAGCUAUACCAGUAUGCAGCUGAACAAAUACUCUGAAACCAGUGCGGACCCAGCUUUCUUCCUGCAGGAAACUUGCAUCAAGUUUGUAACAGAGCACACUACAGUGAGUGGAGCCUUUACAGGGAAACAUGAAGGACGCUCACACACUCCACUGGUGGUAGGCAUCAGCCUUGGCGCCCUUGCUGUAAUGGGACUAGCUCUUUGCAUCUUCCUAUGCACAGGCGGGAAGAGAUAGCAUCUCAAGUAUUAUAUGGACCAGCAGCUCUGCAAAUGGGUUAACCAAACGCAACAGAAGAACAAUGAAGUUGGGAUGGGUGAAUCUGCCCAUUUCCGUUUCUCAUCUUUCCAAUUUUAAGUCCACUUCUCCACAUCAAUCAGAAUUUUAUCUUAAGAGUCCUUAUGGAAACUCAUUUUUUUAGUGUGAAUGUCUAUGUUGUUUCCAAUAUAUGCAUUUUUGUACACAUUAUGUAGCUGGAGAGCUGCAUUGCAAAAUUUGGAGGAGUGUGGCUAUAUUUUGCUUUGUGUAUUUUUUAAAGUAAGUGUGGAUUAGGUAGGUUAGCAUUUAAAUAUAAACUGAUUCAAAUUCAUCCCAUCCCUCCUUUUUUAAUUUUCGUAUGAAGAAACAAGCCAAUGUGUAUAUGAAUCUGUAUCCCUUGCCUCACAUCUACCUGUAAGAACAAGAUGGGCUCUAGAACAGCAGCAAGAUCACUGCCGGUCUCACAGGAAUCUUUCCAUUUCCUGUCAUUACUACCAGGGCAAGCAGCCUCUCCCCAUAGAACUUUAAUGUUUCACCCACAUCAAUGGACAGACACCACAGAAGCACAGCAUAAAAACAUACCUGAACCUCUUUUUUCUCCUCAGUCACAGCCUCUUUUAAAGCAUUCUAAAUCUGGGAAUUAUUACUGCUCCUAUUUGAUAUUAUUUCAGUCCAACAGCAUAAGAUAUUGAGAUGGGAUCGCUGUAUAGUUUUUAAAAUAAAGUCUUCACUGCCACAAAAUGUGCUUAUGGCUAUUGGGCCAGACUAAUUAAUGAAGGAUAGGUCUAUCCACAGCUAUUAGAAAGACUGGCUAAAUGGAGCCUCCAUAUUGCUGUAGUGAGCAAGUGUGUGUGUGUGCAUGUACAAACUACUGCCUUUAUGCCCAGUUUGUUGGCUUUCUGGAAUCAUCUGGAAUCAUCUGGCCGACCACUGUUGAAAAAGAAUGCUGGAUGAGAAGGGAUGUUUGAAUGACUCUGGAUCCAGAACUGGGCAUUGCAGCAUCUGUCCCCAGUCUUCAGAAGCAGCAGUGAGAUCACGCUGUAGUGCAGUUUUCCAAACUUUUCAUGUUGGUGAUACACCUUUUAGACAUGCAUCACUUUGCGUCACAUUAAUUCAGUUCUAGCAAACGAGAGCUCAAACUAACCCCUUAUAAGAGAUGCAGACACACAUCACGCAACACACCUAAAUGCUGCAGCCGACACACUAACGUGUCGCGACACAGUUUGGAAAGCUCUGCUGUAGUGUUUCAUGUGGCAGGUAUAUCCAAGGCAACGUGGUAUACUUCAGCAGAUUUCAGAGAAGAAAGCCAUGUGCGACUCCUGUUAUACAGUAUCUUCAUACCUCCCUUGGUAUACCUCCCUUGGAUAUAUAGCAUGCGAUACACAAUGAUACGUUUCAACAAUGGCAACCCAACAUCUCAGGAACAUCUAUCGACUGGGUGAGUGAGGAAUCUCAGGAAUAUCUAUCGACUGGCCAGGGAGGAAUCAAGAGCCACGGAGAUGUCUACUUUGAUGAAAAGGAAGCCAAGCUAGAAAGAUGCUUCUCUUACCAAAGCUAGUACUGAGCAUACAAGAACACUUCCAGAAGCCAGGACUCCCAUUAACUUUCUUUCCACAGACUUUCGUGAGAUGACAGCAGCAAGGGAGAAACCAGGAGUUGCUCCUCAACUAUACACAUUUUAUCCUUGCAACAGAUCUGAGCGGAAAGCCAAAAGUCAUUUAAAAGUGCUCUUAGGAACAUCAGACAACUGCUCAAUCACGCCUCACUGGGUUACCCCAAAUAGGUAAAACUCUACUAUUUCUGCAAAAUAGCAAACUUGUCUCUUUCUGCUUUGAAAUGGUAAAGGUUCUUUACUAAAAGCAACCCUAAAACCCUUCCAGCUCUCUCUUUAAGGCCCCUUCCCUUUAUACAUAAAAAUACUUCCAACAGUAGGAGGAAGGAUAGGAAGGGGCUGGCUUUCUGAAUGUAGCAAAUGCUGGAUAUUUUUAUAAAAUCACUCCAACUUAUCAACAGUUAUGUGGACAUUUUCAAUGCUAAUCUAUCUCUAGUUCUCUGUUCACAUAGACUAUGGUGACUAUACAUUACUUCAAUGGCUGUUAUUUCAGAUAGCAUUAGUGCCAAUACAACACUUUGAUCUUCAGCAGAGAAAAUAAGCACUGAUUCACUCUUAUCCAGCACAAGGAGCUGAUAUAUAAAGAAAAAAAAAUCCAGCUAACAUUUCACCAAGAAGAGAACAUAGGCCAUAUUGAAACAUACGCAACUAAUUGCAGGGGAUAUACUUUAGGAGCCUGAAAGAUUUUAAGAUUGCUGUGCUCAUUAGCCAAGGGACAGUUUGGAUGACAAAGGAAGAGCUGGAUACCAUUCUGAGUCUUUCUGACUUGCAUGAAUGUAUGUGUUAUCAACAAGUCUUCAAAACAGUUGGAAGCAAGGGCAAAUUCAGAUACAAAAGUGUGUGUUGCAUAUAUGCCCAGUGUUUGCAGGAGUACAAUACCAUAUGCAGUGCAAAAUGGAGGCAUAUGGGAAGCUCAGUGUCCUAGGCUGUUGAGUGGCUGGUGCCACCACAUCACUUAUUGCUGCAAACAUACUUGUUCUGUAAAAUAGGAAUUGGCUUUACGGUUCCCACAGGCUACAUGAGUAUGUUGGCUUACAUCAACUGCAUAAAAUGCAAAGACUGAAUUUGUUGAACCAUAGGCUAGGGAGGAAGUGUUUUGAUGCAGUUUCUAAGAAAUAGGGGGAAAGCAGCAACAGCUGUAUAAAGGUAGGGGGGGUACACUUCUCUUUUGCUGCAUGGAGCAAAUUCUCUAUCAGCAACAAGAGUCUUAUCGCUUUCACCCCAUAUAACAAAGUGUAAACUUUCUCUACUCAAAUGGUGCUCCGUCUAAGGGACUGCAUAGUCUUUGCUUGCUGGAUUGUCUGUUUAUGAACCACAGAUUACAAAUCCAAACACAUUUGCUACAAUCUAUAAAGGAAACCCAGUGUUAAGUACUGCUGCCACUCUUAGAAAUGCAUAGUAAGCUGUCAAAAAUUUUCAUGGACAGUGUCAUGUACUGCAGCAAUGCUUGUGCAGAACUAAAUGCAAAACUGUGUGGCGGCAACGGCUACAGUACACUUCCACAGUACAAACAAUAGGAAGUAUCUGGACAGUUGUCAAACCCCAGAGGACAAUGCAGAAAGCAAAUGAAAUUUCAACUGCAGAGAUAAGGGUUUCUCAUGCCUCAAUUCCAUUAGAGUGAGAGAUAAGAGGACUAGGUAUGUACAGAAAUUAGGAGACUGAAAAGGUUUUAAACCCAUAUUUUCCAAGCUGGGCCCAAGAACAAAAAAUGCUAGCAGCAAAGAACCCAUUAGUUUAAAAGUCUGAAACAGAGACAAUAUAAAGUAAAAUGGAGGGAUAGGGGUUAUGAAAAUUCACUCAGAGGGCAAGAAAAAGUAACAUCAAAAUAUAUUUUAAAACCAGAAUUUCAAACGUGGUAUGUGUUUUAAAACGCCUCACAUUUCUCAACUGCUGGAGCCUGAUUGCUCCAGAUAGAGCACCAGUUGUGUCCCAAAUAAGGAAAAUUCUUUUACCGUCUUCUGAUCUGCCCCCAAAUCACCUUCACUAUUUGUAAAAAUGGAGGGCUCAGCAGUCACUCCAACACCCCUCAGCUUUGUUCUACAACAACCAGAAGACCAGUUCAUAGCACUGAUUUCUCUCAUUUGCAACAAAGUUCAUUUGUCACCAAUUUAAUAUCCCUGCAGUCCAUUGUACACCUUCUGCACCGAUGCCUGUUUCAGCAGUUGUUUGAGACCUGCAAAAGAUUGAAAAAAGUAAUAAUCAUACAAUGUUCCAAAUAUGUCACAAGGAGGAAAGAAAAUCAAAUGAAUCCAAGCUCUUCCAAUUUUAAGCCAGCACAUUCUGUUUCGAUAUUUUGAGACCGGCUCACUCAAAAUGGUUUUGAGAAAAACUUCCGAGAAUGAUGUCUACGCAAAUACUUCCCAAACAUAGAAAAACAGAUACCUUGGUUAAUAACGAAAGCAGACUAGGAACAAGCAAGACGCCUGGAAAAGAUCCCUGACCUUUUUUUAAAUUUCACCGUUUGAAAAGUUAGCAAUAUUUAGAAAAUUGUACAAAGCAGCAAAGGCUGCUCUCCUCCCUACCAUUCCUAGUCUUCCAGAACAUACCCCUGAAGAGAUCCUGUCACUUUUCUAACAAUGUCUGUAGUGAUUGGGACCAUGUUAUAGCCAGAGCAGCCCUUUCUGACAGGCUGCAGCAAACUGGUUGAAUCAGUAUCUUGCAGCCAACCUAUUCUAAUAGAUGGCAUGCUUUUCUGAACACAGAAUCUUAAAACUGGAAAAUGACAGAAUUAUACCCACAAGAUGGACACUUUAGAUGACAAAGUAACUUUCUCAGCAUGAAGAGUAUAUCAGUAAAUGGAGGUUCUGAUCAAACCAUUUGGGAUUUUACCAUAGUAACACUAUUCUAGGAUACAUAGAUACAAACCUUCUCGUUGUUCACUUGUCAGCUGCUCUUUGGGAAAGUCUACAUCAAAUGUAAUUAUUAGAGAGCCUUUAAUGUUAUUGUUGUCAAAGUUGGGAAGACCUUCUCCUUUUUUCCACAGCUUGGCUCCAGGCUUUGUGGUUUUAUCCCGGGCAACAUGCACCUAGUAGAUGGGAGUGUGGUGAAGAGUUUACAAGAUUAGCACUUGUGACUAGAUACUUUGACACAUCAGUAACACACCCACACCCACCCCACAUAUUUUAGUGUCAACAGAUGCAAUUAUCAUGGAAAUAACAUAGGAGACCACUCUGAAAAUGUAUUAUUUCAAAUAGGAAAAUGCUGCCUUACCUUAUGCCCAUCUAAAUGGGCAAUAUCCAUUUCAAAACCCACAAGAGCCUCAACCAGUGAAAUAGUCACAUUUGUAUAUAAAUCGUCUCCUCUUCGCUCAAAAACUGGGUGCCUGUAGGAAAGAUGUUAGAAGAAUGUUAACAUAUUCUACUUGUUACUUCAUCAUUUUUCUGUAUACUUGUCAAAUUCUCUAGCAUUUAACUUUUAAAAAAUGAAUGAAGGUUUGUGAAUUAUCCUGUCACUCUUGUUGCCAAAGGCAUUAAGUCCACCUCAGUCUUUGAAGGAGGGGACAAUUUCCUAUGGGGAUCAUCAAAACCAUCUGCAGCUUAGCAGGUGGAAAUAUUUAUGCAAAAUAGUUUUACAUCAUGAUCAGAAUGGAACCGACCCCAGUAUGCUCAUGUCAUUUGCUCUAACCUAGUAGGGAGGUCAUUUGUUGAAUAGCUACUGAAGUCAUGAAAGGGGCAGGCCUAACUCUAUUGCAGUUACCCUCACAGAUCCAAAGUGGAUAAGCAAGAGUCUUCUGCCAGGAAAUAUUCGGCUUAUCCAGAUCUUGGGUGGUAAGGAGAGGAAGGUACUACUUGCUUUAGAAUCCUAUCCGUUUGGAUAACUUCACACAUACUUCUGUGUCCUGUGUGCCACCUCCCCAUUCCCCAAUGGAGGUCUGCACACAAUAUGACAAGCACUAUUGUUAGGGAAAUGCUUUCCUCAUUGCAGCACUUAAUUAUAUGGGUCACUUCCCAUACAGGGAAUACAUUUUUCAAUACACAUAUGGAACACUUAAUCUUUCAACAUAAUCCAAUGAGGUUUGUUCAGUGACUAGUUAAUAAAAUAUUUUUUUCGGGUGUGUGUGUGUGAAUUUCUGGGUAAACAAGGCAAAAAUAACUAAGCGACUUACUUGAGAACUUUUAUUCGGAAGCGCAAGUCACCUGGCUCUCCAUCAACAUGUGGUUCACCUGUGGAAGUUCAAAUAUGGAUUAGGUCUGGUUUCAAAACCAUUUGACUUCCCACAAAUGAGAACUAGUUGGGGUUGAAGUGUUAAAGGAAAAGAGGUGCCAAAAGUUGAUGCUUUCUCAGUUGUACUGAUGGUGUGGUAUUGUGCCUUUUCUUCUCUGCUGCAGCCUGCUAGAAUAGCUGCUGCCAGGUGUCAGGGGAAGAACCCUGACUUCUUAGCUGAGCUAAUGGAAACCCUGCAUCCCUUCCUUAUUAUAGCCUAAUGCAAUAGCCUGGUGCCAUUGAUGGGGGCAUGGCUGCUGCCCAUGGCCAAUUGGAGGCUCUCCACCAGAGCAUCCUCUGGAACUGCCAGGACAUUGCUGGGGUAGCUGUAGGGAUAAUGUUCUGUGUAGAUAGUGCUGAGUUAGAAGAGGUGAAUCUUUAUUGCUGUUCUAACCCCAAAACAGGUUCUUUCAACAAGAAACUAAUUUUAAAAAUCAACUAGCUUUCUGACAAGUUCUACCCCCCCACCCAAGUUCUUUACUACCUCAGAUCCAACAAGAUAUUAACUCCAGAUAGAAAGGGGAUAUUGUACCUUCUCCGAUAAAGGGAUAUUCCAUGCCAUCUCUCACACCAGGUUCUAUCUCCACCUCUAGGGUUCGUUCUUCAUUUACAAGCCUAAGAAACAGGAGAGAAAGGCAGCACUUUUUUUUUUAAAAAAAAGAGGUUUUCUUUAUUUAAUGAUUGCACUACAGAAUAGAUGUUUGCUUUUCUUUGCUAUUCAGACCAUACUGUGCAAAUGAACCACAGAAGUGUUGGGCCAUUAUGGAGCCUUCAAGCUACAGGUACAGGAACAAGGUGUUUCCAGAUGACUCAAGAAGUUAUCUACAUGAAUGCUGCAGGGAGCAUUCACAAGUUCCAUUGCAUUCCACAACACAAAUGAAAUGCUCUAUUUGACAGGAAAAAAAAUCUAUCAGGGAAUCUAUAUUGGUGGGGCAAUUGUUCAAAUUCCAGUCAGUAACCCUGGUUUUCCAACAAUUUCUCCUUUCUGCUUUCAUACCCAUAGAUGAGCUACACAAUACUCCACCAUGUGGCUCAAAGUGGUAAUGUAACCAUUCUCUCUCUGCUACUUUUAUGCAUAAUUGCAAACUAUGCAUGCACCAAAGAGCCAGAGGACGUGAGACUCACUUGACAUUGGGACAUUCAUCACAAACUACUUCUUGGGUCAUCUGGAAACGCCCCGGGCCUAGCUGGGUUGUCCUCAUCUCUUGCCGGCAAUUGCAUUUCCGCUUCCCUGGUGCCUGCCUUGCUACCGGCUUGUUUCGAAUAACCUGCAGAAAGAUAAAAGAACCAGCGUCUCAUACUCAGUUUAUACACACAAAGCACUUUAGUCUUGAUGGCCUUAGUAAAGAAGACACACAUCCCACUUACCUCAGCUUGUCACCUUAGGCUUUGCAGCUGCCAUGUCACAUAUAUAAGGACAAAACAAGGCAUCCCAGCAGAAGUGAGAGUGCUGCUUCUCCCUCUAAAAAUGCUUAUAUAUUUGGUGGGUAGGACUGGUUGUCUCUGUUGUAUUAAUGGGCCGUAUCCAAUGCACUCUGUUUGUGCAAUGGAUCCCUCCUGCACCAUCCCUCAAUCUAUUCUGGAGGAUUGAGGAGACCUACAGAACAGAUCUGGUGGGGGGGGGCACAUGGAGGGAAUUCCAUUGUGCAGCAGAAAUCCUUACUCUGAUGGAACAAGUCAGUUAGAUACCAACAUAUCCUAAUUUAGGUAUGUGUCUGAAGAGGUGUUUUUUAUAGCUGUUGAUUGGUGAAGAUUAAAUUAUGUAUUUUAAAAUGUGUAUUCCUUAUACUGCAUGUUGCUAAUUGUAAAGCUGCCUACACCUUUUCUGCAUAGACGACUCAUAAGUUUAGUAAAUAUUAAUAGCAAUCUUGACCUACUUAUGAAUAAUAAAAGCACAACUUAUUUCAAUGAUUUGUGAAUACCUGCAGCAGUUAGAGCAGGAAUCCAUAAGUUUGGAUAGGGCUUACCAGAAGCCAGCCCGUAUUUGUGUCCAGCUCUGGUUGUUUCCCUCUGAAUCCAAAGUAUGCUUGAGGAUUGAGGUAGGGAUUUAUCUCCCUUUGCAGAAGGUAGAAGCUGUGUUAAAGACUGUUUCUGAAAAAGCAACAGUAAAUAUGACCCAACCACUACCAGCAGUCUUCUCUUUUUUUGGCAUUACAGUUUCGUUUCACCUCACACAAAACUCUCCAGAGAGCAAGACACAAUUUGAGUUUGCUGCCACUUCCUUCUACACACACUAGAAGCAGAAAUAACUUGGCAGCCUGCUCAAUAAUGACGAAAGGCAGAAAGAUCAAUUAGCAAAAGCUUUAGUUAGACCAGUUAAAAUCGCUGCAGCUGUUCCACUGGAACAUUAGCACUACCAGCUGUUCCACUGGAACAUUAGCAAUACCCUCAAGACUAGCUCAACAAGCACUCAGGUGACAACAACAUUCUUCAUUGUAUGGUCUGUUAAAGGCACAAGUGCCAGGAAAGGCAGAAACCACAAACUCUCAGUAGCAAUACAAAAGUGAUAGUGGUUUGCUACUUUUCUGUAUGCCAUUCAUGGGAAGAACACUUCUUUCAUAAGCCUGAUGACAAAUUUCAGUAUAGACUCUCAUUCAUGUUCAGACAAGAAUAUAUAACUUCCAUAUCCCCAGAACUUAACAAAAUAAUAAGAUGAGGCGGCAGACUGGAAAGCUUACUUCCACAAAAUUUCCUGAGUACACUUCUUCCAGUGUAACUUCUAGGUCCACAAUGAUAUCACUUCCUCUUGGAAUGUUCCUAUCUUGCUGACGAGGAUUACCUCCAAACAUGAAACCAAAGUCUCCAAAGAAA